GAGUUGCACAUGAACUAUUGAAGCAAAAAAAAUUACUUGAUCCAUAUAUUCGUUCACAAGCUGAAUUACUUUCGCAAUCAUCAUAUAUUGAAAUUGAUAUGGCAUUUAAGAGAAUUCACAGCGUAACAAAUGAGUGGGAAGUUUGUGCCUAUGUUCAUCGUUAUCAAAAAGCAUAUCAAUAUUUAUUUGAGGAUUUAUUCGAUACUGUUGAAAAAGAUAUGGAAAAGCCAUUUGAAUUUCAGCACAUUCAUGGUCGUGGAUUGGGUUGUAUAAUUGCAGAUGAGCAUCAAGGACAGGCACUUG